GAGGAGCAGGACACUUCAAACUUUACCUACGGCAGUUUACACACUGUGUUAGGUUUACACGUGCUCUGUGAUACACAUUGCGAUUGAAAUAUCUGACCACGUUUUACUGCCCAUUUUGCAUUUAUAACUAAGAAGCUAAGUUGAAUAACAGAAGACAUGAUCGAGGAAGUGAAACGGGAGAGAAGCGAUCAAUGGAUGUCAUAUUACUCCGGCGAGGUGUUCUAUGGAGCAGACAACCUGCCGUUGGGCCCAAGAGGAUAUUCCCCCCCAGAGCAUCACUACCAGAGUUACGGCCCACCGUGUGAUUCAGCAGCUGCGGGAAACACUGGGAGACUCGGAAGCCCAGCGGGAAUACUGCCUCCACCGAACCCCAAAGGAUAUGCUGAGAGCAGCUCCAGUGAACCCGAGUUUCCGGCGCUCAAAUCGGUCUACAGACGGACUUUAAGCCACGCCAAGCCACCGUAUUCCUACAUCUCUCUUAUCUGCAUGGCAAUCCAGCAGUCGCCUGCCAAGAAACUGACCCUGAACGAGAUCUACGACUGGAUCCGCCAGCUCUUUCCGUAUUACAGACAGAAUCAGCAGCGAUGGCAGAACUCCAUCCGUCAUUCCCUGUCGUUCAACGACUGCUUCGUGCGCGUGCCGAGAUCGCCAGACUCUCCGGGGAAAGGCUCGUACUGGGCCCUGCACCCCGACUCCGGUAACAUGUUCGAGAACGGUUGCUACAUGCGGCGCCAGAAGCGCUUCAAGUGUCAAAAGGCGGCGUCACCGUCCAAAACUUCGGACGGGGACGCUGGGAAAUCGGAAGGGAAGAAAAAAAAGGCGGAGGUCAAGUCGGUCACCUCUUCUUGUAAAUCGCCUGUACCUCCUUCAGCUGACGCUCCAACACAGCAUUCGGGCCUAUUGCCAGUGUCCUAUCCCUCAAUCAAAGCACCUUCUCCUUCCCAUCUUCCUCAGCACCUUACUCCCUCACACGCUUUAUUUCCCACCCAGCCUCCGGAGAUCUCGACGCACUUGCCUUCUCUGAAUGUCCCGUUCACAACAAUGGCCGGCCCCAGCUUGCAGUCCGUUCCACAAGCCUCUAUGGAGACCAGCUCGCAUUGCGAACCAGCAUCCCAACACCACAUUUCUGUCCCGCGACUCAUGGACUUCCAGUACUGCGAGACUCCUGUGAACUAUCCGGUUUACUGCCAGCCUAAUUCCCACCCCGCGUUCACCUCGUACGCCGGAGACUCUGUUUACUACCCUGGAUUUAGCAUGUGUUCCGCUCCUUUGCUGAGCUCCUCCUGAUCAGCCUCUUGUAGCGUACGAUUCCUCUCUGUUUAGAUGCUCGUAAUUUGUGUAUAUAUUAGCUGGAGACCAGAGAGGUAUCUGUUAUCUGAUGCUGAAGGAUUCUUUGAUUCUGUGUGAGUGUGAAUUCGAAGAUGCAUUUGAAUGUGAAUUCCUUGCUGUAUAUUUGAAGUAAAAAAAAAUUUGUAAUGUU